CAGGGCUGUGGGAUUACAGGACAUCAUGCAGCAGCUCUGGAUUAUACAGCAGAAGACAAUACUGCAGCACAGGUGGAGCACAGAGCAGGUGGAAAAGCUCAGCAGGAGAAUAACAUCUGGACCUAGAGUCGGGUUUUUGAGCAACAUCAUCAACCUGGAUAUCCUGAUGCAUGCUAAUAUUUUUGAUACCACAUCGUGUAUUUUGCAUUUUUUCAGCUCAUCUUUAUCAUUUAGGUUUGCAGAAUUUAGCUGCCUUGCUUCUUUAUCACCAUCCUUUACUGAAGUUUCAGGAACUCAUAAGGAUAGGAGUCAUGUAUCUGAAAAACAGGAACAAUGUCAUCAACACAGAAAAGACUAAGAGGAACAUAAAAGGGAAAACAUGGGCUCAUCUGAGGACCACUUCACAGCAGAAGGAGAUCAUAACCCUGACUCCCUCAAAGGUCCAAGAGAACACAGAAAUGAAGGAGAACCAGCUGAAGGAGAAUAUCCCGGAGAAGCAGGAGGCGUUCCAGUGCACAGUGUUCGGGAAGGCCAUCUACAAUCUGACCCAUUCAGAGAGGGUGAUGGAUGACCUGACAUUUGGACGACGGGUGGGACUGUACGAGCUCAGAGGGGAGAUCGGCUCUGGAAACUUCUCCCAGGUUAGAUUGGGAAUACAUGACGUGACCAAAGAGAGAGUGGCUGUCAAAAUCCUGGAUAAGGUGCGUCUGGAAAAGCGUUCACAUCUGCUUUUUGACUCGGAAAUCUCUUGCAUGGAGAAGCUGUCCCACCCUAACAUCGUGCGCCUCUAUGAGGUGGUGGAGACUUUCAAACGCCUACAUCUGGUGAUGGAGUACGCCAGCGGGGGGGAGCUCUUCUCCCGUAUCAGCACCAGGGGGCGCCUCUCAGACUUAGAGAGCAAGCUGGUGUUUUCUCAGGUCCUCUCUGCUGUCAAACAUAUGCAUGACAACAAUAUUGUCCAUAGGGACCUGAAAGCAGAAAAUGUCUUCUACACCAGCACCUACUGCAUCAAAGUAGGUGACUUUGGUUUCAGCACCAUCUGCAGUCCCACUGACGUCCUUCACACUUUCUGUGGAUCUCCACCAUACGCUGCCCCUGAGCUCUUCAAAGAGAAAGGUUACAUAGGUCAGUAUGCAGAUAUCUGGGCCCUGGGGGUUCUGCUUUACUUCAUGGUAACUGCGACCAUGCCGUUCAAAGCCCCCUCCACAGCCAAGCUCAAGAACUGUAUCCUGCAGGGCUCCUAUACCAUCCCCCCCUAUGUACCUGCACCAUGCCAGCAGAUCAUUAAGGCCCUCCUGAGACUAGUACCAAUAGAUCGCCUCGAUCUAGCUCAGAUUAUGGACAGUGACUGGAUGGCAGGUAUUGAAUACCCGCAGGCCUACCCACGUUAUAAUCCUACACCCUCCUGCCUGGCCGAGCCCACCUACAUCCUCAGCUCAGAUGAACUGAGUGUUAAGAGAGCACUGGAGGAUCUGGGCAUCACCGACGCCCACCUUCUCAACAACAGCCUAGACCUGAGAAGUCCCGUCACUGGGGUGUAUAGAAUCCUUCUGCAUCGCAUUCAAAAGAGGUGUUCUGUGGAGGCUGUGGGCUACAGCCAGACAUACACCCAAGAGUCCCAGGACAGACUGAGAUGGAGGGCAGGCUCAGACAGCGUACUGAACAAACGCCACUCCAUGGUCUGUAUCGUCAUGUAGACUGACUAUACAUUCAUCAGCUAACCUAUUAAUCAAUUAACCAGUUCAGUUGCAGUUCAUGGAUGUAUAUUGUUGCCAUUAC